UUUUUUUUUGUUUUAGUUAUUCGCCUUUAAAAAGACGUCUCAAGUGAUCGCUUCACUUUCACUUCUUUGCUCAUUCCUUUUCUUUCCCCUUUCUUUACUCUCCUUUUCCUUCUUCCUAUCCUCGUCAUAUUCUAUCUUCCCACAUCCAUACAUCUUUAAUACCAUGGCUUCUAUCUUUGAAACUGUCUCAAAGGCACCUGCGGACAUCAUCUUCGCUCUUACAGCCGAUUACAAGGCAGACCCCCAUCCUGACAAGGUCAACCUCGGUGUUGGUGCUUACCGUACCGAGGAAGGCAAGCCUUGGGUCCUCCCUGUAGUUCACAAGGCUGACAAGAUCUUGGUUGAGGAUGAACAUCUAGACCACGAAUACUUGCCCAUCCUUGGUCUUGAGUCUUUCCGCAAGGCUUCAGCAAAACUGAUCUUGGGUGCUGAUUCCAAGGCCAUUGCCGAGGGCCGUGUCGGUGCAGCCCAAUGCAUUUCUGGAACCGGUGCUGUUUAUGCUGGAGCAAGCUUCCUUGCUAAACACUACCCUUUCAAGCAGGCAGCCUGCUACAUCUCCAAACCCACCUGGGCUAACCACCGCGCCAUCUUCGAAGGCGUCGGUAUCUCCGUCCUUGAAUACCCUUAUUGGGAUCCCGAGACCAGAGGCCUCGACCUCAAGGGCAUGCUCGCCACUAUGGAGGGCGCACCCAGCGGAUCAAUCUUCUUGCUCCAUCCCUGUGCCCAUAACCCCACAGGAGUGGACCCUACUCCUGACCAGUGGAAACAGAUCGCUGACGUCAUGGAGGCCAAAGGCCACUUCACUUUCUUUGACACUGCUUACCAAGGUUUCGCCUCCGGCAGCUUAGACAAGGACGCAUACUCGAUCCGUUACUUUGUCGAGCGUGGCUUUGAGAUGUUCAUCGCCCAAUCCUUCUCCAAGAACUUUGGUCUGUACUCCGAGCGUGCAGGAAACUUGACCAUCGUCACCAAAACUCCCGAAAUCAAGGACAGGAUUGAGUCUCAGAUCGCAAAGGCUCAGCGUGCCGUCAUCUCAAACCCACCGGCCUAUGGUGCAAGAGUCGUCAGCCAGGUCUUGAACGACGAGAAACUCUAUAGUGAGUGGGAGGAGAACCUGUCCACAAUGGCCAACCGUAUCAUCUCUAUGCGUCAAGCUCUGUUUGAUGAACUGAAGGCAUUGGGCACCCCCGGUACUUGGAAUCACAUUGUGGAUCAGAUCGGUAUGUUCUCCUUCACAGGCUUGACCACUCCUCAGGUCAAGGUCUUGAAGGAGAAGUACCAUGUCUACUUGACUGACAACGGACGUAUCUCCAUGGCUGGACUCAACACCAAGAAUGUCAAGUACUUUGCUCAGGCCGUCGAUGAUGUCGUUCGUAACCACUAAAAAAAAAAAAAAAAAAAAAAAAAA